AUGGUAGCGGAAGCUAAAGACUGUGGGGUGACAUGGGAUUGCACCACUGUAGAUCGCUGUUGGGAUGACUGCAAGAGCCGCUAUGGCGGAAUAGGACGUUGUGACCACAUCCCUUCUCCUUUUGUUCCUAGGCAGUGUAAUUGUUCUUAUAAAUGUUGA